AUGAUUGCAAGAAGUGUUCUCCGCCGCCCGCACUUGAGCAACAAACCCAGCUUCCUUCGCCUGUGCCGUCUUAUUCGCCCUCCCGCUCCCCAGAUUCGCCUUGUGCAUAUCACGCCGCCUUGCAUCCCUUCCACCCUGCUCUCGACACAAAUGACUUCGCGACAGGACCCCUCUAAGCGCACUCCCGAGAUUGAGAGCGGGAUGAACGAUGCCGACGAGCUGGAGAGACUUCUGGACAAAGAUGAUUUUAAAACAUGGGGUUUCGUUAUCUACCGAUGCACGUGUCAAAGUGACUCCGACUGGGAGAAAUUGAUGAUCCGGUUCCACAAGCGCGUAGAAGAAUACCUUCAGUAUUACAACGGUCUAGAUCCCCUCGCCAGAUUUACUCCAACGGUCUUGGAAGAUCGAUCUUUUGAGAGUGCGACGGUGGCCUCGCUAAGUAACAAAUUCAAUGAGUGGGCUGUGACCGCGGUGAAAGAGGAACAAGGAAUUGAUCCCAGCCACCUGUGGCGUUUGAAAAACGGCAGGUACCGCUUUUUCAUCAUGGUGGACCAAGAAGCCUUGGAUUCAAUCCUGAGCACGCCAGACGACGAUAUACACGGAGGAUUCGUUCGUCUAAGCGGGCGGAACGCGGGGGGACCUGGCCCAGAAGAGGAGCUACUGGAAGGGUGUACAGAGGAGGAUCUUGGCUGGAUGGAAGUAUGCUGGGGGGAGUCACAGACGCCCGGAUAUGUGACUCUCGACGACUCCCUUCGGUGGGAUAGAUAUUAUUCGCGGCCACCUGUGAUUCAACGUCUUGCCUAAGAAACACAACUUGACCAUAUAGGAGCCUGGGAUCUGUCCCACACUUGUACUAGGCAUUAAAUGUCCGGUUGUCUUCUCAGAAAGAGAACCUACCACGGAGAGCUGGUUGACAUGAAAUAGGAUAAUAUCAUCCAUAAGCGGCUGGACACCCAAGUAUGCUGGCC